AUGCUAACACAACACGCANGGGCUCCGCCUGGAAUCUCAUGCCACGACUAUCUGCAACGUCUAAUUCAGCAUGCUACUCUCUCGCCACCAAUCCUCCUCUCCGUCGUCUACUAUAUCGAUCUGUUAUGCUCACUCUAUCCGUCCUUCACUAUCAGCUCUCUCACCGUCCAUCGCUUCCUUAUUACCGCUUCUACCGUCGCCGCAAAAGGCUUGAGUGACUCUUUCUGGACGAACCCUACUUAUGCGAGAAUUGGCGGUAUCAGCGUCAGCGAACUUGCGACUCUGGAGAUGGAAUUCUUGGAAAAGGUCCAAUGGCGCAUCGUCCCUAAGCCGGAGGUGCUGGUUGACUACUAUGUCAGUCUUGUUCAGAGGAACUCGGGCUACCAACUCCAGGCCGCUACCGAGUCAGAUCCAACCUGA